AGGUGCUGUGAAAGGGAGACAGGGCAGAAGGCAUUUUCAUAUUUUUAACAUCCUGCCCUGAGCCAUAAACAUUUAUUUUAGCAGUUUCAUUAUUUGCUGUAUGAAUUAUUGUGGUCUGGCCUUUGUUUAACUUGCUUGUGCCGCUGCUUGUCGAGAUCAUAUUUACACUUUUGCUUCUAUUACAAAUACUGAGUCAAAGGGUUGGCAGCGAGGCUGUGAGUCAGAAGCAGGUGCUCAGGCUGAGAGCAUGCCAGACGGAGGCCGGGGCAGAGCUGGUGGCUGACUGGAAGUGGGAGAAUAGAAGAUGGGGCAGAGGCUGGCAUGGCUGUCAAGCGCUCCCAACCUUCACUCGGAGAUGGAUAAGAUGCAUUUCAUUUCCUGCAGAAGUCCACGUUCUCCCCUGGAAAAUAGAUUUCCUCUGACCCAUCCAAAAUGGUCCUUAGACUCAUUGGCUAAGAGCUCACGUCUGCCUUCGAGGACUUCCUAUUCUCAACACCACCAUCUUCUCAUGGCAUUUUGACUGUACCGAGCCCAAACUCUUCAUGAUGAGUGAUGAGAAGAACCUGGCUGUGUCCCAAAAACUGGUUUCACCUUCGAGAAGCACAAGUAGCUGUUCCUCCAAGCAAGGAAGCCGACAGGACAGCUGGGAAGUGGUGGAAGGAUUGAGGGGAGACAUGACCUACACCCAGGAGCCGCCUGUGCAGAAAGGAUUUUUGCUGAAGAAGAGGAAAUGGCCCUUAAAAGGCUGGCACAAGAGAUUCUUCUGCCUGGAAAAGGGAAUCUUGAAGUACGCCAAGAGCCAGACCGAUAUCGAGAGAGAGAAGCUGCACGGCUGCAUUGACGUGGGGCUCUCAGUGAUGUCUGUGAAGAAGUCAUCCAAGUGUAUAGACCUCGACACGGAGGAGCACAUCUACCACCUGAAGGUGAAGUCGGAAGAGCUGUUUGACGAGUGGGUGUCCAAGCUCCGGCACCACAGGAUGUACCGGCAGAAUGAGAUCGCCAUGUUUCCCCGUGACGUCAGUCACUUUUUCCCGGGGUCUUCCGUCACAGAUUCUGCCCCAGGAGUGUUUGACUCUGUUUCCAGUAGGAAGCGUAGCAGUCUAUCCAAGCAGAAUUCAUUUCCGGCUGGAAGCAAUUUGUCGUUUUCUUGUGGAGGUGACACACGAGUUCCGUUCUGGCUGCAGUCGUCAGAGGACAUGGAGAAAUGCUCAAAAGACCUGGCACACUGCCACGCCUAUCUGCUAGAAAUGAGCCAGCUCUUAGAGAGCAUGGAUGUUCUGCAUCGGACAUACUCGGCGCCCGCCAUCAAUGCCAUCCAGGGUGGAGCUUUUGAAAGUCCCAAAAAGGAAAAGCGAUCACACAGGAGGUGGAGGUCCAGAGCUAUUGGCAAAGAUGCUAAAGGAACGCUGCAGGUCCCUAAACCCUUUUCUGGCCCCGUGAGACUGCACUCCUCCAAUCCUAACCUGUCAACACUGGACUUUGGAGAAGAGAAGUCCUACUCGGAUGGUUCGGAAGCCUCAUCAGAGUUCUCCAAGAUGCAGGAGGACCUGUGCCAUGUCGCCCACAAAGUUUACUUCGCUUUAAGGUCAGCUUUUAAUAGCCUAUCGGCGGAGAGAGAGAGGCUGAAGCAGCUGGCGGACCUGGACAGCUCUUCCUCCCCUUCCGCUCAGGUCGUCGGUCUGAAGCAAGCUCUGUCAUCCGCCCUAGCACAAAACACAGAUCUUAAAGAACGCUUACGCAGAAUCCAUGCGGAGUCUCUGCUCCUCGACCCGCCCGCUGUUCCCAAGCCGGGGGACAACCUGGCAGAGGACAACUCCGGGGAUGAAAGCCGAGCGCUGGUGCAUCAGCUGUCCAAUGAGAGCAGGCUGUCCAUCACUGACUCCCUUUCAGAGUUCUUUGAUGCCCAGGAAGUUCUGCUGUCUCCUAGCUCUUCAGAGAACGAGGUUUCCGAGGAUGAUUCAUAUGUCAGUGACAUAAGUGAUAACCUGUCCUUAGACAACCUCAGUAAUGACUUAGACAAUGAAAGACAGACCUUAGGGCCUGUUCUAGAAAGCAGUGGAGAGGCCAGAUCCAAAAGGCGGACCUGCCUGCCGGCGCCGGGCCCCAACACCAGCAGCGUCAGCGUGUGGAGCAUCCUGCGCAACAACAUUGGCAAAGACCUGUCCAAGGUGGCCAUGCCGGUGGAGCUCAACGAGCCCCUCAACACGCUGCAGCGGCUCUGCGAGGAGCUGGAGUACAGCGAGCUUCUGGACAAGGCUGCGCGCACCCCCAGUCCCCUGGAGAGGAUGGUAUACGUGGCCGCCUUCGCCAUCUCUGCAUACGCAUCCAGCUACUUCCGGGCGGGCAGCAAGCCGUUCAACCCGGUCCUUGGAGAAACGUACGAGUGCAUCCGACAGGACAAGGGUUUCCAGUUUUUUGCCGAGCAGGUCAGCCACCACCCACCUAUCUCCGCCUGCCAUGCUGAGUCUGCGAACUUCGUUUUCUGGCAAGAUGUGAGGUGGAAAAAUAAAUUCUGGGGUAAAUCCAUGGAAAUUGUCCCGAUUGGCACAACCCACGUGAUUCUGCCCACCUUUGGGGACCACUUUGAGUGGAACAAAGUGACCUCCUGCAUCCACAACAUCUUAAGCGGACAGCGCUGGAUCGAGCACUACGGCGAGAUUGUCAUCAAGAACCUGGCUGACGACUCCUGCCAGUGCAAAGUGAACUUCAUAAAGGCAAAAUACUGGAGCACGAACGCCCAUGAGAUCGAAGGCACGGUGUUCGACCGCAGUGGGAAGGCUGCGCACCGGCUGUUUGGGAAAUGGCACGAGAGCAUCUACUGUGGCGGAGCCUCCUCCUCCACGUGUGUCUGGAGAGCAAAUCCCAUGCCAAAAGGCUAUGAGCAGUAUUAUGGCUUCACACAGUUUGCGUUAGAGUUAAAUGAAAUGGAUCCAUUGUCAAGGUCUUUAUUACCACCCACCGACACUCGGUUUAGACCAGAUCAAAGGCUUCUAGAAGAAGGGAAUGUGGAGGAAGCUGAGGUGCAGAAGCAGAGGAUCGAGCGGCUGCAGAGGGAGAGGCGGAGGGUCUUAGAGGAGAGCAGCAUGGAGCACCAGCCCCGGUUUUUCAGGAAAUCCAGCGAUGACUCUUGGGUGAGCAACGGAACCUACCUUGAACUGAGGAAAGACCUUGGGUUUUCCAAACUGGACCAUCCUGUCUUGUGGUGAAAGAGUAAUGAAGAGAGCUAUAUUAGUGAACUUCUCCACAUCUGCUUCCGGAAGCAGCACACACCUGUGUCUGUAUGUUUAAGAGAUAAUGUCUAAAAUGAUGGGCUUGUGCUUAGCUUAGCAUUGUAAGUACUGAAGUAUAUAUUUUCUUCAGUAAGUUUCUUUACAAUUUCAAGUGUUAUAAUGAUUGUUUAUAUGAAUGUAGAACACCUCGGUAUUUCUUUUUUAUAUAUAAACUAUUUAAUAAAAAUGAAAGAUUGAAUGUUAAUGUGUGGGUUAAGAAAAGAUUUAACACUAAUUUUCCAAAGGUAAGGGGGGGGGGAAUCAAAUUUAUGCCUUAUACAAUCACACUGGAGAAAAAAAAUCUCCCAGGUGCAUUAAGAACUAAAGAACGCCCAGGGUUGCUCACCCAUGCUCUAGCUAUCCAGUUUUAAUUGGUAGCUGGGAUAUCUUUUUGCCUCAGACAGCACUUGAGUUGCUCAGACAGAACAAGUCUGCUGGUGCUGAAGUACCAAGAAUAUUUUCAUUUGCAUUUUAGUGGCUAAGGAAUCUGUCUGAGGUCACUGGGAAGUGUAUUUUUACGGAGAUGUGGGCCUCACCCAUCUGGAAAGGGAAGCUUUCUCUCCCUGUAGAUGUGUUGGCGCUCCCUCCCUUAGAGACACUGCGGUAAUCAGAAAAGUCUUUCUUAACUCAGUGUCCUGACCGCGUCCUGGGGAGGCAGCAGGCGUUUCGUUUUUACUCAGUGAGAGCGGAAUCCUUGACAAUUUAAGAAACUACUUUCAUCUUCCUGCCCCAACCCCUGGUUUGCAAGCCCUCCUUUUGGGACCCUGUUGUGGAUGAAAAUGUCUCCUGUUUAGUAUAAGUCAUACGGUAACAGCCCACAGCAGUUUGACCUUCUCAAACUUCAGCCAAGUCACUGGUGGCUUUAAAUAACCUGGCAUGUCCUUCUCCCGAGCAGCUUUGGUAUUCUCUACCUCUUACUGAGAACCGUACUUUCAACCUUGUACACAGUUUGACCAUCUGCCUUAUAGACAAGCGUCAAGCAUUCUUCUGUGUCGUCCCCAGAGAAAGCUGCAAGGGUCUUACGUCUUUCCUUUCUUCUCUUUCGUAAUCCUCUGAGUUCUGCAUCUGUCUCAGAUAGGAGCUACCAAAGGGAAAAUGCUGCUCUUGUGUCUUCCGUCAAAUCACGAUAUUAGACUGUAUGAAGUAGCUGACUUGUGUCAUCAAAACAAUUCUGACUUCAGCCCAGAGCACUUUAAAACCAAAGCCUGAUUGUUAAGCCUUUGGCUGGAAUGUCUGUAGCUGUUCUAUGAAACAUUGUGUGCAAUGGUCAGGGAAAGAGGUUUCUGUAGAAUUUGUUUGAGGGGGCCCGUGACAGCAGCUCAGCAGGUAAAUACGUUUACCGGGUAAGCCUGGCACUGAGGGCAGUCUCCGGUACCCACAUAAAAGGCGCAAGGAGAGAACCAGCCUCAGAGUGGACCUGCGGCACAGCACAUAACCAACUGGAUGACACCGAGUUUUCACAGCGGACUGUGGAAGGGGAACCAGUAGUCUCUGGAGCCUACAAGUGUCUUGUCAUUUUAAACAGCUCAUUAAAUAUUGGUUCUUUUAUUCUGUUCUAUGGAGACAUCAAGAUGAACACAGUGGGACUCUUCAUUUCCGUUUCUAAACAGCUGGACGGUGCAGCCCGAUUCUUCAGUUGCUGUUUUGUUCUUUUCCUUUUCAAGCGCUAUCCACAUUCUGCUCACAGACAUGGGAAGAGGGCUGUAGAUUUAGGGGGUCUCAGUGGGGAAACAAAUCUGGUGUACACAAUGAGAGGAUAAAUGUGGGAUUUUGGUAACGUUGACUGUUAAAUGGGCCUACUCGAGAGCCUGGCUCAAAGAAGAAGUAAAAACAAUGAAAACAAAACAAACAAAAAAUAAUAAAAAAUGUACCACUGGAAUGAGCAUGGCCUGAUGGUGCCAGUUGUUUGAAAUUUCUUAAAUUAUCUCAUGGUGUGAUUUCUGUUGACUUCAAGCUUUAUUUUGGAAUCACAUAAACUGCUGGCCCAAACGUCACCUCUGUAGUCACCUUACUUGAAUCAGGGAUGGGAACGAAAAGAAUAUGUUCCAGAGCCAUGUGUGAAUUUUGCAAUUCACCACCAGUGUCUUGAUAAAGGGCUUUCUGAAAUGCAGAUAAUCUGGGCCUGCGUGCUGCUACUUGAAUCUUAAAACUCCUUUCAGGAAGGACGAGGCUGCUAUGUUCCUCCCAUCCAGCCUAACACACCCUUCCACCAAGUUUGUAUAUCCAGGGCUUGUGUGUUUGCAAAAGGAAAAGAGAACUGUGGUGUUGUUUUGAGAACUGAGGUAAUUUCCUGGGCUCUUUCUCAGAUACAUCUCACCAAACACUGCACCGUUUGAUGUGCGUGUUUCAGCUCCGCAUUAACUGCCCCAUUUCAAGAUUAUGGUAAGUUACAGAUAAUCUCCCAGUAGUGUUACCUUGUGCUAACCACAUGCUGCACUUCAUGUGUUAACUCCCUUUUCAGUACUCACUGCCCCAGAUUGCAAGGCGACAUUAAGGAAUGAGCAUCUUCAGUGUUGCAAAGGAGAGGCCCAGUUCCCUCCACAGGUCCUUGGAUGCCUGAAGGCUGGUCUUUCAAUGGUGGUGAUAAAAAGCCUCGGUGCAGCUUCCGUCUGCAGUGCCUGAUGCUAGGAUCCUAGGAUCCUUCUGGUACCUAAGAGGGGCAGUUCACCUCCCAGACAUGGGGUGGGGGCCAGUUGGGUACUAACUAAAUAGCUGCAGUUCACAUUCCAGACACCAGGGGGAGUCUGGUACUAACUAAACAGAUGCAGUUCAACUUAGACUCAGGAGUGGUCUUGUUCUAAACUGAUGGGGGUUGGCCUUAGGUCAUAAAAACAAUACCUGCUAAGUAACAAGAAUGCCUCAGCAGUCCCCAAGUCUUCCAGGGCCUCUGGGGGCCUCUGAGUGAAAACCACACAAACUGUUAGCUCCAUUUAGGCUGCUGUUUUCCUCAUAUCCUCUUUUUAAUUACUUCCAAUAAAACAUUGGCUCAGCCUUCUAGCGUGGUCUGUCAUGUGCAUUUGCCAGAUUUAUGAUGAGUUGUUUUACUCAACCCUUAGAGGUGGCAAGCCAAAAAUAGAAGUAAGGGUUGCUUUGCUUUCCAAUGAAGGCCCACUGUGCACACUGCAAGCUCUCUCCGGGGGCCUGUGGUAGCUAUUGUGCCCUCCCACCCUCUAGCUACUAAUAAGAGCUCUAAGUAGCUCUCAUGACCUUAGGAAUAGGAGCUAUAGUGUUCGGGCAGCAUCUAUUUGAAUGUCUUUGGUUUUGAUAUCAACAUCAGCAUAAAUCUAUUUUUGCUAGCAGAUUCAAGCUAUUUUCACAGGCUCCGUUUUCUGUCUUGUAUUGAUCUGUUUAUUUUUCUUUGUUGGAAAUCCACAUAUCAAACAUGUAUCUGCAAAUCGAGGUGGUCUAAAGUGCAAGCCAGUUUUUUGUUUUGUUUUUUGGAAGCUGGGGAUGCAGCGAUCAGAAGUGACUCGUUUAUUUCAUUCAUGAUGAAUUUUUUUAUCUUCCUCUGUUACCCCAGAGAAUAUGCAUUCUGGGGGUGGAUAUGAUACUUGUAAAUCUUCUUCUAUUAACCAUUUGUAAAAUCUAAGUCCUACCCCACUACCGUACCCCUCUGGCUUUCCCAAAAGCUCCUUUUAGUUUGCUGUCUCUCCUCCCUUCUGUAGCUCAUUGACUGAAAAUAAAGAACAUAGCAAAGGC